ACAGAGAGAAGCAACCCUGUUCCCUCUUGUUCAGACCUGACAUAGCUGCUUGCACUCCACAGCAGGAGUUUCUCUUCAGAGCAGGAGUUUCUCUUCAGUAGAAAGAUGGCAUACUCCACCGGAACAAUCGCAAAAGGCUGUUUUGGGAAGGUCUACAAGCAGAAGUACAACGAUACCUGGGCUGCUAUAAAGAAAGUCCCGCAACACCUCAUCAGACAGCACGACCUGGAGAGAGAGAGUGAAGUGUACAAGAAGGCAAAUCAUCCAAAUAUUGUGAAGCUACUGGGGAAAAUAAAUCUCAAAGACGGAAAAUGGAUUAUUCCUUUAGAGUUUAUCUUUGGAGAAGACUUGGAGACCACCAUCUUUAAAGCAUCACAGUCUAAAAUACAGUUGACUCCGUCUAUCAAAGGAACUAUCAUCACCGGCAUGUGUGAAGGGCUGCACCACCUUCACUCCAAAGAUAUUGUCCAUCAAGACCUCAAGCCUGAAAACAUCAUGGUGGAACAUGACACAAACAGAGCGGUCAUCAUCGACCUGGGAUUGGCUAAGUUCUUCCGGUAUGGUCAAAACUCUGCCAUAGACAUGGGGAAUGAGGCGUACUCUGCCCCUGAGGUUCUGCAGAGGGGCAGUCAGAGGGACCAGCGCUCAGACGUGUGGGCCAUGGGUAAAAUCAUCGCCGAGCUCUGUGCCCGGGUCCGGCUGUACACGCCCAGCGUCUGUCCAGCUAAGAUCAACGAUAUCCUGAAGGAUCAGCCUUACUGCCAUGUUGUGUGUAGGAUGGUGGAUCCCGACCCUACUCUGAGAGCCUCCAUGGGUGGGGUCAUGAGUGAGAUAAAAAGGGUCGGAGGUCCAGGCAUUAACCCCGUUAAAAAAGAUUACCUUAAGCCAGCAACACCUCACAUCAGUGUCGGAAAACUGUCUCCAGCACCUGGUCACAGAGGUGCAUCUCCAAUGAACAGAGAUCCAUCUCCAGUGAACAGAGACCUAUCGCCAAUGAACAGAGACCCAAACCCAAUGAACAGACACCAACAGCCAAUGAACAGAGGCCUAUCGCCAAUGAACAGAGACCGAACCCCCAUGAACAGAAACCCAUUGCCAAUUAACAGAGACCUAUCGCCAAUGAACAGAGACCCAAACCCAAUGAACAGACACCAACAGCCAAUGAACAGAGGCCUAUCACCAAUGAACAGAGACCCAACCCCCAUUAACAGAAAUCCAUUGCCAAUUAACAGAGACCUAUCGCCAAUGAACAGAGACCCAAACCCAAUGAACAGACACCAACAGCCAAUGAACAGAGACCUAUCGCCAAUGAACAUACACCAACAGCCAAUGAACAGAGACCUAUCGCCAAUGAACAUACACCAACAGCCAAUGAAAAGAGACCUAUCGCCAAUGAACAUACACCAACAGCCAAUGAACAGAGACCUAUCGCCAAUGAACAGGGCUCAAACACAGUUUAACAGAGAUCCACACAACAGGGAGAAAUCGCCGCUGAAAUGGGAGCGCUCACCGAAACCAGAGUUCAAAGCUCCGCCUCCUCGAGCAGCAAUGCCCCUUCCUCCUUCCCCUUAUAGGACGGAGGACAAGAACAAAAACCAGGGUCUGGUCCCGACAGGCAGAACUGAGCGCACCGAAGACCUCAUGAAAGGGAAGUUUUUCGAAGGUGCUGCACAUAACCUGCCCAGCAACCUGCCCACAACAGGAAGGGUGGUGAUGCAGCGCUUUGAGAUGAAAAACGGGGAGGUUGAAUCAUGGGAGCAGAAGGAGGUGGUGACUGAGGGUGGACAAAUAGUCAAGUUUGGUGAUGUCAAGUUUAAUAGCAAGUAAGAAUAAAGGGAUUUCUUAUUUGGCAGAUAAUGUAGCUCCUAUAAAAGGAUUGAAUGUGCUGGUUCAACGAUUAGUGCAGGGUCACCAAGCUUUUGGUAUCUUUUUAAGAGAGCAUGUUAAAUACUUUUCCAAUGAGUCAACAUGUAAACUGAGAUGAAACUACAGUGGGUGCUUGUUUUUUUGCACACAUGAAGACGAAAAUGAAAAUAAAUGAUAGGUUGAAAUGGUUUUGAGGAGACAUAGAGAAAGGGCUUUGGUUCUGCUGUAACAAGUUAUUCAGCCAUGUUAGGAAUUUGUUUGAUAUCUAAUUUACUUGGCAAGAAAAAGAUAUCUGCAGGCACGAACAACCAUCUGUGAAUGUUUUAUCAGUAUCUGAAUGCAUAACACUGUGAACAUGGCUCGUACAUUAUGUGUAUGGUUUUGUAUAUAAAUAAAUCCCUAUAUCUCAAUUACA